AGGGGAUACAAGAGUACAAGACUAGACUAUGAAAAGCAACUUAACUGGUUUUUGUGGUCUAGAACUAAAGAGAUGUAUGGCAACCUAAUAAUUUUGUAUGCCCAUGUUUUUCCAUCGAUAAAUAUCUCUAUUAAGCUAUCUUCUUCCCCUUCAUCAUCAUGGAAGAUGUUGCAAGAUUGAUGAUCUUAUUCCCACACAGAGAAACAAUGGUGAGAGGAAAGGUUCAGAUGAAGAGAAUAGAAAAUGCAACAAGCAGGCAAGUGACUUUUUCCAAGAGGAGGCAUGGACUUCUAAAAAAGGCAUGUGAGCUUUCGGUACUUUGUGAUGCUGAAGUUGCUUUGAUUAUCUUCUCUCAGAAAGGGGAACUCUAUGAAUUUUCUAGCUCGAACAUAAAGAAGACGAUACAGAAGUACCAUGACCAUGCAAAAGCAAAUGAAAGUUGUAAUAUCGAAAAUGAAUCCCAUAAUCAGUUGAAGAACGACACCAUCACCAUUCAAAAUAAAAUAGACCAAGUUGAAGUCUCACAACGAAAGCUUUUAGGACAAAGCUUAGGAUCAUGUUCGGUAGACGAAUUGAUGAAACUAGAUAGUAAAGUGGAACAUAGCUUGACAAUAAUAAGAGAAAGAAAGACUCAGUUAUUCAAGGAUCAACUCGAAAAAUUAAAAGAAAAGGAAAGGUUACUAUUGGAAGAAAAUGCAAGAUUAUAUCAACGUAACAUAAGUUUGUGUGAAAAGACAUAUACUUUUACAAGAAGGCAAAACAUCCAAAAUUCAGAGGUAGAGACAGAGUUGUUCAUUGGUCCACGCCUCCCUCAAAAUUCUCAAGAGUGAUACUAUUAGAGUCAAGUUGAUUUUGAUGGAUACCCUCUGGUGGUAGACACUCCUAGCUACUUAGGGUGGGUCUUCUAUAAACAAGUUCACAAAUUUCAACCAUAUGAUUUCCUACACAUGCUAGUCUUUGUUGUAAUACUUCUACCCAAAUCUAAAAUAGCACUUGACUAUGGAUGAUUUUAGGAUUAUAUAUUCUAGGUUUAUAAUCGCUUUCAUCAUACAACAC